AUGAGCUUUAACACUAGUCGUCAACCCCAGCCUUCAGACUCACUAGAGUUCAGCCAUAUCUCGCCAUGGGAGCAGCACCCAUGCCCUCCCUACGCUGCCUCGGGUCGGGGAGCUGGAGGCAGCAUCAACUCUGCCUUCUCGUCCCGCGCGGAAGUGAACACACCGCCCCCCGUGUAUUUCUCUCCACACAACUCCGGGGCCGUUCUCUUGCCUUCGUACUCUCCUCAGGCUCCUGGGCAGGACCUAGAGCAUGGCCAAAUUCGACGCGGGAAUCUCAGCGAGGUAGGCCCCGCAGCUGGUUGGCCCGUCACUCGCAUGAAGAUUUUAAAAGGACUGGGAGCCUUGGGGCUUGUCGUCGGCCUAUUGACCACGGCUGUGGUCGUUGCCAAAUUUGUCCACGAGCCUGACCCUCCCCGAUAA